AUGGUCCUCUUCAAACGUAAACCGGUCCGCUUCUUGCCGGCACAGGAAAUUGAAGAUGAGAAUACUGAGGUCUGGCACAUUCCUCAAACAGGGGAGAUCUUUACCUCAUAUGAGGACUAUCUUGAUCGAAUGGAUUUCUAUAAACAGCGUCGCUUUAAUGAUCAGAUUACAGGCCAUUCCGGCCUGACUUUCUUUGAAGCUCUAAAGAGCGAGCUUGCUGGCGGCAAAGAAGUCGAGGCUUCGUUUCCUGAGGCGUUGAAAGGUCCUAUACUGCGUAAGGUGCAGUUUCAGACCGUUUCUCGCCUGGAUAAUCUCGUUGAUCAAAUCUACGACGAGUUCAAGCAUGACUAUUACCCUGGUGAAGAGGUCACGGUGACCAUGAAGGGGGGUGAUCGCGCUCACGGAUUGGUCCGCGACAAGACCACUUUUGGUCCCCGCGCUCUUCCUGAUGGAACUCACUCUUUACCUACAACCCGCUAUCUGGUGGAUCUCAAGGACACAGAACAGGACACGAUUGUAACCGAUGAGCACAUCUGUCGCGACCGGGGUAUCUUCACCAAGGCGAUGCUCAGAUCUUUCAUUAAGAAGACUGUCACCCGCGACGCAUGGAAUGGGGCACCGUGGUUAGUUAAGCAUGACUAUGCGAGCCAGUAUCAUAUCGAUACUCGUGUCCCUCCUCACCUUCGAUACGACACCAAGGUUAUGGAGCGUAAACAGCUCCAGGCCCAGAAGCGAGCCCACCUCAAUCAUGAUACUAACGGACAUGAUCUGACUUCUGCACUUCAUUCUGGUCCAGUACGUCUACCGGAACUCAAGCCGGCCCCCAAGAGUAAGGCGAAGCCUAGUCAGCCGGGUUCUGGUUCCAAAGGUCUCAAGUGGCCUCUUAACAUGCCGGUUCAUGGCAGCAACCCAUUCAGCUCUCCUUCGGAAUAUGGCAUCCAGACACCAAUCCAGCGUGAACCUACGCCGCCGCCUCCUCCACCACCUCCCCCAAAAUAUCCCAUCGAAGAUUUGCAGCUUGAGCCCCGAGAUGAUCGCAAGCGUCCGCCACUUAAAUUUCUCUGCAGAAACCCGCCUGUCAAGAUUGAAAACGACGACAUGCCUCAGAGUGAGCAUUGCGACAAGAUUGAGAUGGAAUCGAUUGGCCCAUUGCUGGAGACUUGGGACACCCUCAAUGUGUACUGCGAGGUGUUCAAGCUGGACUCGUUCACAUUUGAUGAUUAUGUUGAGACCCUCUGCGUUGCAUCAGAGGAUGUUCCGAUUCAAUUGCUUGACGAGAUCCAUUGCUCAGUAUUGAAGAUUCUGGUGGACUCCGAAGCCGAUGGUGGCAAGGUUCGCAUCACUUUACCCGAAGUGGACGAAGAAGAUAGCGACGAAGACAGCGAUGAGGAUGCCAGCGCUCUGCCAACUCCUGAACCCGAGGCUCGGCCAGUUGGACGAGCUACCCGCAGUAGUCUUGCCAAGGCGGAGGCAGAACGUUUGGCUGCCGAGGCUGCGGCCGCCGAGAAGGAAAGCGAGGAGGAGACUAAGCAUCGCGCCGAGCAACUUCUUAAGGAUUACGACUGGAUCGAGCACCUUCGGAAGCGAGACUUUACCAACGGGGGAUGGGAGCGAAUCAUGGUUGGCCUUCUCCAUCAGUUAUCAAAGAACGAACGUCGACAUGAGGUCUGCGAGGAGCUCUUGCACCUCCUUGUGCCUGCUGGAGUUGACGCUACUCAAGAAACUGUCAAGCAGCGAUACGCCCAACUUGAUGUCAACCAGCGUGUCAAGGCUUUGCAGAUAAUCUGCAUGCUGACCACUGAGACCAAGGCCAUGCGAGGCUACAUGGAAGAUUGCAGCGAAACCAUGACCACGUACCGCAAGGAGAGGAUCGAAUGGCAACGGCAACGUAAGCAAGCCAUUGAAGAUCUACGCCAACUCAAUGAGCAGAAAAAGAUCCUCCUACCAGAGAACAUGCCUCCUUCCCCACCAAAGGAAGAGGAUGGAGACGUGAAAGUGGCUGAUCCCGAAGAUUCCAUUAUCUCGCGAGGAGGAGACGGCGAAGAGACGGAAGAUGACCCAUCGGCUCGCAAGCGCCGACGACCUCAGACGGCCAAGCAGCGUAAGCAAGAGGAAGAAGAGGCUCGCAAGAAGGAGAAGGCUGCCAAGAUUGCUAAGACGCCCAAGCCGCCUGCCCAAUCAAAGCAGUUCACCAAACUUUUGAAAGAUAUUCAGAAGAAAGAGGAAGUCGUCAAAAAGUGUGAGGAGGAGAUUGCCGUCAUCGAAAACGAUCUGCGCGAGGCUGACUGCCCUCGAACCCGAGUACUUGGAAAGGAUCGCUUCUGGAACAGGUACUAUUGGUUUGAACGAAAUGGCAUGCCGUAUGGUGGGCUUCCCGAUAGCUCGACCGCAUCAGCCGAUUACGCCAACGGCCUGAUCUGGGUUCAAGGACCCGACGAGCUUGAGCGAGAAGGAUACAUCGACCUGCCUGCUGAACUCCAGGAAGAGUACAAGGAAAAGUUCAACAUGACUGUUCCUGAGCGAAAGGCUAUGGAAGAGGCCAACACCAGCGUCUUCAAUGCACACCAGUGGGGUUACAUCUCGGAGCCGGCGCAUGUAGAUGAGCUCAUCAAAUGGCUGGACCCUCGUGGUUUCAACGAACUCAAACUUCGAAAGGAGCUCUUAAGUUUCAAGGACAAGAUCGCCAAACAUAUGGAGAGCCGCAAGGCCUACCUCUCCAAGGAGGAAGAUGGCGAUAAGAAAGAGGAGAAUCACAAGCGAAUGAGCACUCGCAUCCGGGACAAGUCGCCGGAGACGCCCAACUACCGCAGCCUCCAGUGGGAAAACACGACGGCGCUGGAGGAACUAGGACACUUACACAGUGAUCCCCCGCCACCUCCCAGAUCUCGAAAGCAGACACGAAAGCGGGAGGCCGUUAAUGACGCGCCAGCCCCAGCAGCAAAGUCUCGACGACGAUGA